AUGUUCUCGUCAUUCUUAAAAACACUGCCUCAAAUAUCCAUUUUCCACAACCCAUCGUCUCCUGCAUCAGUCAGGGCACUCGCCCUACUGCGAUCAGCCCUAUCUGCACCAUAUCCACCAGAAAAACAAGACGCACCGCCCCUGCAGUUCAACCUGGAGGUCGUCGAACGCACUCCACCUACUCCGGAUCAGAUUAAGACCAUCAUGUCGUACCUCGAGCCCAAAGGAUCUGAGAACGGCCCGUAUUCCGCUUUCUUGUCGGCACAUCCGAGCGCUCCUGGGCUUUCAGAACAGCCACAGACGGCGGCUGCGAUGUCGAAUCUGGUAUCGCGGCACCCUGAAGCACUCAAGUGGCCCCUUGUCGUAGACUGGCACGGAGGAAAAGCGAGCGUCGGUGAUGUGGAUGGUGUGAAAAAUAUUUUGGAAGCCUUGAGAAAGCGACGGGAUGGAGAAGUCAAAGACGAUGUCAACCCGCCCAGCGGGUGGUUUUCCUAG